CAGCUGUUGAUGCAAUUGUUUUGGAAAAUUCGUCAAGUAACAUGGACAAGGAGCAGCCAACAACAAGCACUAACGCUGCUCAGGCAAAGGAUCAGGAUCAUAAUCCGCUACUCGACUCACCGAUGCGGGGUCCCACACUGUCGACUUCAACAUCCAGCUUCGAGGCCUUGGCCCACGCCCAUGACCCAAAUCUUACCAAACUAGCCACGAAGAUGUUCCAAAAAACAGAAGAAUAUAUAACGCACGAGCUCAAUGCGCCAUUAGAAGACUACAAAUUGCUCGAGGAAAUGAACAAGGCAACCAUAGCCAAGUACAAGGACAUGCGGCAAAUAGCCGAGAACCUCAACGUAUCCACCAACGAGCUGUGCGUCAAGUUUCAACAGCUAGCACCCCUCAUGCAGCAAAUUGAUGAAAUAUCAGACACCGUGGACAAGUUGGAGGCUGCUGCUUACAAGCUGGAUGCAUAUAGCAUAGCCCUAGAAAACCGCGUUAAGUGUGUGCUGCAGCGCAAGUCGAGUCACCAUGUAGGAUAAUAAUUGCGAGUGUUUCGAAAACCAUUAAUAGUACAUUUAUUACAAUAGAAUUUAAGUUUUACCCAAGUAACAGUUUAAAUAUAAUCGCUAUUACGUUAA